UAAACUGAAAACAAAAACUGUUCAACGUUCAACAAGUUCACGUUCGCGGUUAUUUUCUGUGAGAUAAUUUGUAAUUUUUUAUAGAAUUUCCUAGAAAAAUGGCUCAUAAAAAUAUUUAUUAUUCUGAUAAAUACUACGAUGAUAAAUAUGAAUACAGGCAUGUUGUACUACCCAAAGAAUUAGUUAAAUUUGUACCUAAAACUCAUUUAAUGUCUGAACAAGAGUGGAGAAAUUUAGGUGUUCAACAAAGUCAAGGAUGGGUACACUAUAUGAUACAUAAACCAGAACCUCAUAUUCUACUAUUCAAACGACAAAUAACAACACCACCCAAUUAAUAAACGUAGAAAUAUCAUUCAAUUAUUUGGUUGU